AUGGCGUCGGUGUUGUCGUCAUUUUUUCAACGCGAUCCAAAAUCGCAAUUUCCUUAUGAUAUUCCAACGGACCAUAAAUAUUUUUUCGAUCGUGUCUCGAUAGGAAAUAGUUUCAAAAAAGCGGAACCUGGUGAAUUAGCCACGAUUUUUUGGGACAAUCGAAGUUCGACGCUGAAACAACAAGCACAAAAAUUGAAAACUAUGCGACACCCAAAUAUUAUCACAUUUUUGGAUAGUAUCGAAUUGGACGGCACUUUUUAUUUGGUCACUGAGAAAUGUAUUCCUUUGCAAUUGUAUUUGCAGGAAUCGAAGAUGAGCGAACAGCAGAAGGAAUUUGUGGUUUCCUGGGGCAUUUUUCAAUUGAUGGUGAGUGAUUUUGGGAAGGUUUUGGCAGGGAAAUGAAAUUUUUGCUGAAAUUUUCCAGAACGCUCUAAAAUUCCUACACGAAGCCAAACUCUCACACGAAAACAUUCGACACGGUGUUUUCGUCACAGCCGGAGGUGACUGGAAAAUCGGCGGUCUCCAUCAAGUCACAGCAUUUCAAAGCGCUCAAACCGACUUAAACCAACUCGCAAUUCUUCUCUGGGAAGUUUUCAACGGUUUCAAUGAGUCGAUUUUCAAGGCGCAAGCGCCCGGAAAAAUUCCGCAAAGGUUACAUGAAUUAUACAAGAAGAUUGCGACGGGUGGAGCGGCUAGAAUAGCUGUAGGAGAUUUAAUUAAAGGUGGGUUUUUGAUUAAUGUUCAAUUAUCUAUUGAUGAAAAAUAUUUUUUUAUUUAGAAAAUCGUUUGACUGGCGGGUAUUUGAAGAAUAAAUUUGUGGAUACUCUUCUAUUUUUGGAGGAAUUUGAGCUCAAAGAAUCGUCAGAGAAACAAUCAUUCUUUAUGCAUCUUCGAGAAAAUCUUGAUAUCUUUCCGGAUGACGUGGCAAAAUAUAAGAUCCUACCCAAACUCAUUCUAACCUAUGAAUACGGAGAUGCUGGACCGAACAUUUUGAUUCCACUUUUCAAAUUAGGAAGACUUUUAGAUGAAGCCGAAUAUCAGCGAACAAUUGUGCCGUGUCUUUGUAAAUUAUUUGGGAGUCCGGAUCGAACGACGAGAGUGAAAUUGUUGGAGCGGAUUGAUGAAUUUGCACCGCAUUUGACUGCGCAGGUUUUGAAUGAUAAGAUUUUUGCGUGAGUUUUUUUUGGGAGGAUUUUUGGGCAGAGGGCCCGGGAGAAUCUGAAAAUUUAAGAUCUUAAAAUUUGAAUUUUCAUUGAAGCCCAAAAAUCGUAAAAAUUUAAAUCACUUCAAAGUUGAAAUUCAGAAUAAAAUGGGUAUUCUGAAUACACCUCACAAACUUAGCCAUCUGAAAAUUUUCAGCAAAACAGUUCUAGAAAUUAUUUGAUUCCUGAAAUUGAAUUGAAAUUCAGGAUAAUACAACAUUUCCAAAAAACAUAAAUUUAAAAUUUUCUUAAAAAUCUAAAAGUUCCAAUUUCCACUCCCUUAUAUUUUCCAGAAACCUCACCUCCGGAUUCCUUGACACCUCCCCAGCUGUUCGAGAAUCAACAGUAAAAGCCAUGGUUUCCCUCGCUGACAAAUUAAAUCAUAACAAUCUCAACGUGGAACUCAUGAAAUAUCUCGCAAGACUUCAAGGAGGAGAUGAACACGGUGGAAUUCGAACAAACACCACAAUUUGCUUGGGAAAAAUCGGACAUUUGAUAUCACCUUCGAAACGACAAGGAAUAUUGAUUAGCGCGUUCACUCGAGCAUUGAAAGAUCCAUUUGCACCAUCGAGAAUGGCGUCGAUAUUGGCACUUUCUGCAACACAACAAUUUUAUCCAUUGAUGGAAGUGGCGAAUCGAAUUGUGCCUAGUUUGAUCCCGUUGACUUGUGAUCCUGAAAAACAAGUCAGAGAUCAGGCUUUCAAGGCGAUUCGUGGGUUUUUGGAGAAACUUGAGAAGGCUAGUGAGAAUCCGGCUUGUAUUCCUGAACUUGAAGCUGGAGUGAAAGCGGGAGCUAGUAGUAUUCUGGAUUCGGAUAAGGUUCCACAAUGGGCGAGUUGGGCACUCAAAUCGUUGUCUGGAAAGUUCUAUAAAGGACCAACACCGGUGGAGGGAGCUGGACCAGCGGCCCCAGCUGCUGCAGGAGCUGUAGCGGACUCAAAAGCUCCAAGCUCCGAGAAACGCGUCACACCAGAGAAGGAAGAGAAGAAAGCGGAGCCAGCUGCCAACGAUGGCUGGGGUGAUUUUGGUGAUGUUUUCCCCAGCAAACCGUCGAACACUUCAAAUUCCACACCAUCUCAAAACAUCAAGGAUGAUUGGUCAGAUUUGACAAAAGAGGAAGAUGAUUGGGGAGUUGGUUGGGAUACGCCGAUCGCCACCGCCAAAUCAUCGCCAAUCCCAGCGGCUAAGAAGAAUUCGCUGAACGCGGCGAUCAAAAAGCCGGUUGCACCAUCGAUUGGGAGAUUGAAUUUGGGAGGAGCGACAGGGGGAGCACAGGCGAAGACUAAGAAAGGUGAACGGGUUUCGGGGGUCGGGUUAUAUAAAUCAGGCUGUAAAAAUUCAUUUUUUGAAUCUUAAUUAGCCUAAGUCUGUAGUUUUUGGAGUGAAAAAGCUUCCAAAAACAUCUGAAAAUUUUCAGCCAUCGACGAUAAUAUUGACGCAUUGUUAGGAAUCGCAGCUCCGCCACCCUCUUCCUCUUCAACACCGUCACUUUUUGCUCUUCAAAACAAAACCCAGCAAAAUCAAGCGAACUCGAAUUCAGGUAACUUUUCUUUUACGAUAUGAAAUCAGAUAUUUAUAACGUGACACAAUUUUCAGGCUGGGGAUUCGAUGAUUUCUCUACUAACUCCAACACUAAUUCAACCUCGAACUCGAAUAAUAAAGGCGGUUGGGACGAUGAUGGUUGGGGUGAAACAUCGACAAACACUGCCACCCCGGCUCUUCAACCAACAAAAAUGGACAAGGAUUCGAGAAGAGCUGAAAUGACUGCGAGAAAUGAGGCGAGACGAAAAGAGCAGGCGGAUCGGAAGAAAUCGGCGGGAGCUUUGAAAAUGCCCGAGAAGAAAAUUGAUGAUUUUGCGGAUUGGUGA